AUGGCGAAGGUCGGUUAUUCCUGGGAUUUUCUCUUGGAGAAUCUGAGAGAGCAAAACCCGAACGUUUUCCCAGAAACUACGACGUGCAACUCGCUUUUCUUGUGGCUCCUAUCCGUGCUCGACAAGGAUGCGAAGCGAAUCCUAGGGACGGAACACAUGAAGCAGCAUUCGGUGCCUCUCAGCACCGCAUGGCCGGAGAAGCGGCGCUGCAGCGAGCUCCUCUGGAGCAUGCCUGAGACCCCAGUGUUGAUGAGUCUCAAGCUUAGUGAUGGAGCCCGUGGCGUGUCCACGCUACUGAACGAAGUUUUUGGGACCGAUUUUGAGCUCAGUGGAUCUUCACAUGGGGAGAACCUCCAGUUGCAUGCCGGCUUGAAUACCACAAAUCCUGGCCGGGGCUUCGCUGUCGUCGACAUGCACGGCAAAGCAACGGCAGUGCCGGAAUCUAUUUGCCUUGCAUCCUCCUUUGUCAUGUUCCACACGACGGCCAACGACCUGGAGAACGCCUGGCGUACCAUUCGCUGUCUCAUCGACAAGAAACCACGCUGGUUGGGUGUCUAUGUCCUGGUGCAGAGUAAUGGAUGUGAGGCGGUUCAUCAGGAAAGUGCUUCGGAGGGUGGGGCCUUGGUCUCAGUCCCGGUGGGCAUCUUUCACGUUCCAGAGAAGAAAAGCCUACAGAAGAAGUGCCGGCCGCGUUUGAAGAAAAUGUUGUAUAAGGACCUGAAGACCAGAAUGCCUCAGAGCCCACGGUCACUGGACGCAUUCUCUUAUCUAUCAGCCCUGUCCAACUUCAUGGACGAGGAGGAGCCGGCGCUUUGGCAAGAGAUGGGAAGCAUCGCAUCAAAAUGUGCAGCAGCAUGUGCUGACACCGCCAUGAAGCGGGAAAUCUUCCCGAUGGCUUGUGCUUAUGAAGAGCAUUGUGAGGUAGAGCGCAAGAUGAAGGAUGCUGAGAAGAAGGACGAUCGCCACGAAGCCAACAAGCUCAAGCAAAGACGUGAUGAACUUGCGACAGAGCGGUCGGACACAUGGCCGAGCCUAGUGGCCAAUCAGUUUGUGGGAGUGCUGGUGUCAGAGAACAGCGAGGUGCAUCUUGAACAGCUCCAGAGAAUCAUGCUUUGCGAGUUCCAGCAGAAAAACAUGAGCCAGGUCCAAGCGCAGAUGACAAUGGCACUGCUCCACAGGGAAGUGAUCCAGCUCAUCUGCCACAGCAGGCAAAUGUCACAGAACGAACGCGAACGUGUCCAAAAGGCAUAUGCAGAACUUAUUUGGAAGGGGAUGCCAUUUGAGUUGCUCGAUGGCGAUAACCUUCACCUGCCCAUGAGUUUCCUGAAGAAGAUUUUCGAGGAACUGCAGCCUCACAUGACGGGCAAACAUUUCGAGGUCCUUAGCACCACUGGACCACAAAGUUCAGGCAAAUCGACGUUGAACAAUUGCUUCUAUGGGAGUCGAUUUGGGGUGUCAGAAGGCCGUUGCUCUCGUGGGGUCUUUGCUGAGUUCCACCGCACUGAAGACACCAUUGCCUUAGUGCUUGACACGGAGGGUCUGCAAUCUGCAGAGCGAGCUGACCCAGAAUUCGACCGACUCAUGAUGCUGUUCACGCUUGCAGUUUCCAACCGCGUCGAUAUCGUUGUGAAAGGCAUGAUGACCGAGCCGUUCAAGAAGCUCAUUGAAGUCUGCGUUCGCGCAUGGAAGCAUUUGCAGGUCGCCAAGGUGCCCGAGCCGCGCAUUAGCUGGAUGAUGAAUCAGGUCGCGGACCAAAACCCCAAACAUCAUGAGGACUCGUUUAGCCAGAUGUUCGAGGAGUUGAAACUGGUCUUCAAGCCUGAAGAAGAGGCAGCUGUGCGGAAGUUCCUGCGUUUAGAUGAACUUCACAAACUCUCCUUGACGGUGUUUCCAAGUAGAUUCAAUGAGAAGGUCUUCGGCUUGCUCGGCGCAAAGGAGUGGACGCAGCUGUCAAUCAACGAGAACUUUAGUCGUAAAUGUGCAGAGGCCACGGCAACCAAACUCGCGGACAUCAGCGCGAGAAAGCAUGCAGCAGACCACAUGGAGGGGCCCAAGCAAUGGUUGGACAUGGCGCAGGCCGUGUUCCACACCAUAACCUCAUAUGCAGACUUGACCUACUACGAGGAUAUUCGCCACAUUGAGCUAGAGAAGAAAAUGCAAGAAUGGAUUUCUGACCAGAUGCGUCAACUCUUUCGAGAGCCGAACAUCCGGGACAAACUCGCAGAGCAGCGACAGGAAAUUCAAGAAAGCCAGGACACGUGGACUUUUGAAGGACAUCGGCGUCAACUAUACGACUUGUUCCAGACGGCCAAGGGCAACGUGGCGGAACGGCUAGACAAGGAGCUGAAGUUGGCGAAAGCGAACGAAAAUUUCCGUCAAAGGCUCUCCAAGAAUCUCAAUGCGGAGUUGGAGGCAGAGUUUGACCACUGGUGCUCUGAGGCAACACAGAAAGGAUUGGAGAAGUCAGUGCGUCAAGCCAUAGCACGGGGCGACGAGAGGUUGCUCACCGAAGUGCAGCACCUCCUCAGGAAUCCAACUGAAGUGAGUUCGAGACAGGAGGCAGAGGAUGCUUUUGAGCAAGUGUGGCAAAAGAUUGUACAGGAGAUGAAGAGCACCUUCAACCGUGAAGAGGGCAAAUCGAAGCUGUUCAAGCGCAUCUACAAGUUCUACCCUAUUGCAUACAAGCCAGAAGAGAGUGAAGUGAGGGCACGAAGUGAGAAGGAUGACUUCACAUGCAGCGAUAAAGAGCUUUUCCUCCCAUCAGCAUACAACGAUGCUGGUUUUCUCAGCAGUUUCAAAGCAGCAGCAGGCAAUGUCACUGCGCUGAUGAAGCCGUUAUCCAAGCGAAAGGAGCCCUGGAACAACACAGUUCGUCGAGUACGAGACAUGGUCGUUCAGAGGUGCUGUGAAGAUGGCUUCCGCCCAAAUCAGCUGAGCAUGCAUAAGAUCUGCGAUGUUGUCGAUGAUGAAGCCCAGAAACUGGACAGUCUGCUUCGGUCCGAAUUUCAAUGCGAGCUGUCUCGCAAAGGGCGGGGCUGCCUCAUUGCAUUGGCAAUUGUCGAAACAUGGCGCUCAGUUGAAGAGGCGGUGUGGAAUGAUGGGAUGAGAGAGAUCGACAAGUUCGAGGAACAGAAGGAUGAUCAGUGCAAGUUCUUUUGUUCCCAAGUCCUGCAGGAUCGCACAGCUGAUCAGCAACUGGCCAGGAGAUGGGUUCAAGGCAUCAUCAAGAAUCAGAAGGACCGGUGCGUUGAUGAUCUUUGCACGCACUUCGAGGAAGUGCUGCAAAAGGAGCAAGACAAGCUCACUCGGAAGGCAGUGCAGGACGAGCUCGACUCUUGCCCCGGCAGUGACGACCUCGACAAACAGGAGAAGUACAUUCUCGAUCCAAUCUCUGCGAUUCUUGCAGAAUUCGAGACAAAGUGGGGCAGCAUUGUGGAAGGAAAGGUGGACUAUCAGCUGAGUCUGCGUCAUCUUGGGUACUUGCGCGAUGCGCUGGCGGAGCUCCGUGACAAGCACGGCCUGCAAGCCGAACACGCGAGCAGCAGCCAGCUGCUUGAAGUCACGGAAGACUUUGCGGUAACAGUGACGGACAGCCAACGUGCCAAGAAUCAAGGUCUCGGUGCCUGGCUAUUGGCCUAUCUGACACAGGAGGUGCUGCUUCCAUCAAAAUGGGCCAGAGCUGACGAUGGCACUCUUGAGACGUGCGACCAGACAGCAUCAGCACAGAUUGAGCUGCAGCAGAACCAGAACCGCUUGCCGUUAAAGGGCUCACCUGUCAUGAGCGAAGACCUUCGAAAACAAUUGCAGGCACAGCCGGCAUUGGCCAUCGACAACCUCAACACGUUUUUGAAUGCGGCGAUCGAAGAGCUGGAGAGCCACAUGAAAGAGAUUGAGGCCGAAGUGAGAUCAGAAGUCGGUGGCAGGAAAGGAGAGCGUAAGAAUGUCUUGAAGGAUGAGUUGAUCCCCUGCCCCGUGAAGUGCCCUUGCUGUGGACGAUUGUGCAGCAACCCAACACCAGGCCACACGACGCAUUCCUGCCAUGGGCACUUGCCACGCGGAUUCAUAGGCAGGCAUGUGCAGGAUGGCAAGAAAACGGCUUCUACGAUCAUGUGCACAGAGAUGAAGGACACCUCUGUCUUGGAGGAUGAGAACGGUAAAGUCAUGGAAUGGCGCGAAUACAAGGCCAACCAUUCGAGUUGGAACUUUGGCGACAAGGACCCGGGCCGCACAGAUUUCGAGGCGCGGGCCCUGCGAGCUUGGAGAAAGGUUGGCCCUCGAUUUUGCAAAAGGUACGGAACCAGGUUCACGGAGCAUGGCGAAGCUUCUUCUUCCGUGAAUGGACCGCCGACCCACUGGCUGUUGAUUCUCGACUCUAGUCCUUCCAUGGUGGGAGAACCGUGGUUGGGCUUGAAGGAGGCAGUGAAAGCACUCCUGCUCAAGCUGGAAGGGGCGAAGCAAGACAGGUUUACCAUCAUCCAGUUCAGCGGCACUGCUUGGAUCGAAAAGACUUACGAGGCAAAUCCGAUCGUCCAAGAAGCUUUUGAAUCAGUUGCGCCUAGAGGCGGGUACACCUCCUUCCAAGCAGGCCUGGAAUGCGCACGUGAUGCAGUAUUGAAACUGGCUGAACGGCACACAGGGCGCACAACAGCCGUCUUCAUGUCUGAUGGUUGUGAUGGCCCCCGUGAUGGCAGCAAGAUGUCCACUUCGACCAUGGAUGACUUCCGUAAAGCUCUAGAGGAACCCUCCACCGAGUUCCAGUUCCACAGUAUUGCAUAUGGUGGCCACGCUGACGAAGCUCAGCUCAAGAUGAUGGCGGAUGUUAUUGGAGGCAAGUUCUCGAAGUCAGAAGACGAAGUUGAGCUGAAAAGCGCUUUCGUGGAGUUGGCACCGCUAGCCGCAGCGUGA